AUGGCGAGUGUAUCUUCACCAUCAAUGGUUACACCAAGCAGGAGUUUCCAGUCACUCUCUCGUUCCUUGCCUCCCCAAGAUUCUAUGUUGAGUUCUCCAACACACCCCAAAUCUCUUCGUUCUCCUCCCACCAGUCGUAUCACAUUCUCUUCCCCUGAGCUCUCUCAUUCCCCAGGAAAUUCUUCUCAGUCAAGUUCACCAAGUUCCACUGCUCCCAACAGCCCUGCAGGGGCACCUGCUACCAAUACUGUGCAUUAUCAACGACCUUCAACUCUUCAUGGUCUGAAGCACAAACUUCAUUCAGCUGCCAAAAGUAUUCAUUCUCCUAGUCGGCGUAAAUCAGUAGGCCAUAUCCCAUUGUCUCCACUUGCCAGAACUCCAUCACCAUCUCCUCUUCCAUCUUCUCCCACUCGCUCCCCAAGUCCUCUUGCUUUUCCAGCUGGUCACCAACCAGGGAGUUCCAAUACAACACAGUCUUAUAGCCCUGGUACUUCAUUGACUACUCCUGGGUCUGGUGGGAAAAAAGGGUUUAAUCGCCCUAAGAGUGCAGAACCAGGUUCACCACUUUUGCGAAGAGCUCUGUCUCCUGACCGAUUGCACCCUCGCAGUGCAGAGAGUAAAGUUAAACCUAUUUCUACCUCUAUAUCUCCUCUCUGCAAUACUGCAUUAAAAGUGACUGUUUCUGCAGCACCUAGAGUGACUAUUACAUCUCAGUCGCCUCCUGUAUCAUCACGACCUCCUCCUGAAUAUGCAAGUGGUGUUGAGCAAGUUGUUACUUCUAAGCCUCCUGAGCACCCCCAUCUGUCCAGGGCAACACGGGAUUUGCCAGCAGACAAAGUUCUCACUUACCCAGAGCAAAGAGUGGAAAGGAGAGAGAGGAAGUCUGGAAGUGAGGCCUCACUCUUACCUCUUGCCCAAGGGCUAGUCUCUCAGGAGCAUGUCCUUCACUGCACUGCAUUGAGUGCCAGUGAUUACUUGAAAAUAGAGCAUAGGAACUCAGCAAAUGUUUCUACUGUUGUCCCAAGUGAUAGAACGACUCAGCCUUUACCUCGAAUUGCAGAAGAGAAAGACUCUCCCACCAACAGCAAAGAUGAUGCGUUAAAGUGUCUCCAGAAUAUAGUGUCCUCUGCACCCUCCAUUGUUUCUACAACUACAGUUCAUGUAUCUACUACUGCCCCUGUAUCUACAACAAUAGCAGCUUUAUCAGCAACAAUUUCAACUGUAACAAGUACAGUAUCUGUGUCAGGCCCAGUAACAUCUAUUUUUGCUGCUGUACAGUCUCCUGCAGUGCCUGCUUCAAAUAGCAGUAAACCAUUGAUAGACUCGAAUUCAUCUUUAGAAUCUGAAGCUAAACAAAAAACCAGUGCAUUAAGAAAUGUAGAUAGUGCAGGGAAGAAGGGAAAAGGAGACAGUAAAAACGAAGCCAGUAAAUCCCGCCAGGAUAGCAAAAGUGAUACUUGUAAAAGUAAGCCUUUGGAAUCAAAAUAUUCCAAGAGAGUAGAGGAUAAGGUAAGCGCCAGUGGCCCAGGUGCCAGAGGAGACUGGAAAAAUCGGCAGAAAGAGUCAGAAUCUCCUAACAUGAAAGAGAAGCCAAAGAACACUGGUAUUGAUCGGGAGUCCAAAAACAGUGCAGCUGAUAUAUCAACAGGAAGUCAGGAGACUAGUGGCAGUUUUCAGGGCACAAAAUGGCAUGGUCAAGACAAAAAAGAUAUGUUCCUUGGAGGUAAUUGUAAAGAAAACUAAAUUGAAAUUGUUAUUGCAAUUUUGAAAAAUGAAACAGCACUUGCUUCCGUGAAUAUUAUUGUCUGGCUAAAAAAUUUUCUUUAUGUAUAGUGUAGAUUGUAAAUGCUUUUGUUUGUAUAUAGAAUUCAAGUUACUAACUAAUGUAUUAUAUGUUUAUGUUUGUAAAUAAAAUAUUCUGAAGUUGGCUGGCAGGCAACUUAAAUUGAAAUCGUUUCCAAUUUGUAAAAAAUAUUUAUUUUAUUAACGUUUUGAAAGAAAAUUGUGAUAUAAAAUAAUCCUGUCAUAGGAUUACGUAUAUUAAAUUAGGAGUGGAGGUAUAAGAAUGUUAACAUGGUGUUUUGUUUCUCAGAGGAGCAAGAGACAAAAUUAGGAUGGAAUUUGCAUACAUUGGUAUGAUUUCAGUUCAUAAGUAAAAAGUAGUGUGCAAUUUUCAUACUUAUGGUAUAUUUUCAUACUUUUAUUUCUUUAGUAUUCUACCAUUUUGAGAAAAGGAACUAGAAAUAGCACCAUGUAAAUUUAAUCUCAUGUACCCUAACUUACCUUGUAAAAUGUUUUGUUUUUAUUGUAUAUAAAUCAGUUUUAGAUAUGGAACUCUUCAAAGGAAAAUUAUUUGUCAUUCCCUUUUUUUCAUUGGGGUUGCAGUAUUUUUUUAUUCUCAGAUUGGACUGUCUAAACAACUAUUAUUUGCCAUAGAAACAUGACAAUACUGUAUCAUAGUUGUAAUAAAUAUUACCGUUUCCAAACUUUUACUGUAUUCUGGAUUGUAGAUACCGAUAUCAAUGUGUCUGAUAUUCUACAAUAGUUGAAUCGCAUAGUAAAAACCUUCCACUGCACAUGCACCAAAAUUUUGAUUUUCAGCUCCUCUCUCUCUCUCUCUCUCUCUCCCCCCCUCCCCCUAACCCUUGGCUGCUACCAGUAACCUUCUGUACCUUCAUCAAUUAUGUUGUGGCCAUGCAUUCAGUAUCAAUGACGGUUAAUGCUCUUCAAGCAUGAUAGCCUCAAGUGGAGGGUGCCAAUCCCAUGGCAUUAGUUGACUGUUGGAUAGUAGCAAUCAUUCUGGUAUCUGCCAACCUGUCAGCUUAUUGAGGUUUAGUUGCUUGGAGAGGCUUUCCUUAGGCCUGAAGCUCUGCCUUCAACUGGUUUUUACUAUGCGGUACAUCUAUAACUUGUAUUAGGUACAGUAUGUACCUUAUGUGCCACUAGACUUAAAAGAUGAUGCUUUACAAAGUGGGAAUGUCACGGACAUUACAUGUGAAUGCUGUUGAGUUAGUGUUAAUUGCUGGUUUCUGGGAGUGUUUAUUGAGCCACUCUCUCAUUGGAAAUUUGGAAAACAAGUGCAGUGGUGUACUCUAGCAUGUUUUCAGUGUUGGGUGAAAAACUGCUUUACUGUAUUUGGUAUAUAAAUCUGUAUUUUGAAAAUGUGAAUUCUCAUAUGUAUUUAAUAUAAUUACUAGCUCAAAAAA